GUUGCGUUGUAGACUAGUGUAGUCUUAAGCGGAGCACCUCGAUUCGGGCAGUUCACGCAGAUUCAAGGUUUGAGACGCCAUGUCGAUGUCAAAAGAUGUUCCACGUGAGCCGGAACAACUGCGCAAGCUGUUUAUCGGGGGGUUGAGCUUCGAGACCACAGACGAGAGCUUGCGGGCCCAUUUUGAGAAAUGGGGCAGCCUUACAGAUUGUGUGGUUAUGAGGGACCCAACCACCAAGAGGUCCAGGGGCUUUGGGUUUGUAACCUACUCAUCAGUAAAAGAAGUUGAUGAUGCUAUGGAAGCUCGUCCCCAUAAGGUCGAUGGGAGAGUGGUUGAGCCCAAGCGUGCCGUUUCCAGAGAGGACUCUAACCGUCCAGGUGCACAUGUAACAGUCAAAAAGAUAUUUGUUGGGGGCAUCAAGGAGGAUACAGAGGAGUCACAUCUGCGAGAUUAUUUCUUGCGUUUUGGCAAAAUUGAAGUAAUUGAUAUCAUGACAGAUCGCAACACCGGCAAGAAGAGGGGCUUUGCCUUUGUCACAUUUGAUGAUCAUGAUGCCGUCGACAGGAUAGUCAUUCAGAAAUACCACACAAUCAACCUUCACAACUGUGAAGUGAGGAAGGCCCUAACAAAGCAGGAAAUGCAGAAUACAGGAAUGGGUAUGAGAGGCCGCAGCACUGGAGGUGGGAGGCCAUAUGAUUAUGAUAGAGGCUUCAACCAGAGUGGUGGCGGCGGUGGUGGUGGCGGCGGAGGUGGUAGGGGUAGAUAUGGAGAUGGUCCUUAUAAUUGCAAUGGAGGGGAUGGUGGCUAUGGAGGAGGUGGUCCUGGUGGUCCCGGAGGAUAUAAUAAUGGUGGCAAUCGUGGUUACAACCAAGGUUACAACCAGGGUGGUGGCGGCGGAGGCUAUGGAGGAAAUGGAUAUGACAAUGGUUAUGGUAACUGUGGCGGCGGUGGUGGUGGCGGCGGGGGUGGUAACUAUAAUAACAUGGGCCACUACGACCCCCAGGCCUCUAACUUUGGCCCUAUGAAGAACAACUUUGGAGGCGGCGGCGGUGGUGGUGGCAGCCGGAACUUUGGUGGCUAUGGUGGUGGUGGUGGCUCAAGUAAUGGUGGAUAUGGCCGUCAAGGACGAUUUUGAGAUGUGAACGGACUGAGUACUUAGGAGAGGAGAGCAAGGAGAGGAGAGCAAGCGAAGGGACAGGGCAGCUGCAGGUUUUCCUCCUAAAUCUGCUCAGCCAAACAGUUGUGGCAGGUUACAGCUGCUGCAAGAAGAGAUGUACAGUAGAUAAAACAUGGAGGGUCCUCGUUUAAAUAUGUUCUUUUUUCUUUUUUUUCAAACUGUUUCUGGAAAGCAAGCAUUCCAUUGAGGUUUUAUGUAGAUUUUUCUUUAAGUCUGGUUUUUAUUUGUAACUGCAUCUAAUCAAGCUGAAAUAAACCAACUUUCAGUUUUUUAA